AUGAUUGCCAGGACCAUCUCCAGAUCCGCCAGACCACUGGCCCGCUCCACCGCAGCGUCCUCGCUCGCCCGUCUCCCCGCGCGCCGAUACGCCUCGAGCUCGCCGCUUCCUCUGCCACCCAAGUCGGACGCUCCGUGGGCUAUCGCAUCCGUGCUCACCUUCGGCGGUCUCUUUGUCUAUCUCACCGCACCUGGCGCCAAGGGCGACGACCACCACGGUCACGGCGCAAAACACGACGACGCCGAGGAGCACGACGAGGAGGAGGCAGAGUCCGAACCCAAGGAGCCCCAGGAGCUUCCCGACGGCAGCAUCGAGCACCCCGAGGGCUUCGUCGAGGUAAAGAGGCCCGAGAUGCGCCACGACGCUCCCGAGGGUGACAAGCACCUCGACUCGAAGAAGAUCGCCGACGAGCACGCCUUCGAGAAGCAGGCCAAGGUCAAGCGCGAGCGCUCGCUGCCCGCCGACGACACCACCUUCAAGCACGGCGUUGCGGCUGCCAAGGACGGCAACCACGUCUCGGACCCAAAGUCGGUCGUUGCUGCCGCCAAGACUGCGAAGGAGGAGAAGGCCAAGGCUAAGGCUGACAACGCCGCCGCCUCGGACAAGGACGAGUCGUCGGAAGAAGACUCGGAGUAG